CUAGACCGUCCCUGUGAGUGUGUCUUCCGGUCUGGAGAUAUGGCGUGCUGAUGGUCAACAUUGUGAGUCGUUCGUCCAGAGACAUCACCAAACAUGACAUCAACUGAUGAAGACUUCCCUCGAGGAGGGACACUCAGUAAGCCUGCUGAGAGUACGCCAGCGGUGCAGCGGCCGGAGGUGGACAACCUGUUCCAGUCAAAUGAAGCAACGGAAACCAAGAAAAGAAAGGGAGCAUCAAAAGAUGACAGCAAGAAAUUAAAGAAGCAAAAGACAGGCAAAGAAAAAGAGGAUGGUCUGACACUCAAUGCAGCAGCCAAAUGUGUCGAAAUUCUGCAUAUCAAGAAUUUGAAGGAGGGCAUGCUGAUGCUGGGCUGUGUGAAGGAGAUCACAGACUUUGAGGUGACAGUCAGCCUCCCUUGUGGUAUGCAGGGCUUCCUCAGCAUCAAGAACAUCUCUGACUCCUACACCAAGCUGCUCAGUGAGCAACUGGAUGCUGAGGACACAGAGGAGAUCUGUUCGCUGCCACACCUGUUUUUCCCCGGCAUGGUGUUCAGGUGUGUGGUGGCCAGGCUGGAUAUAGCCAGGGGAGGCUCUGUUAGCAUCCAGCUGUCAGUCAAUCCCAAGCUGGUCAACAAGGCUCUUACAUCAGGCUCUGUGAAAGCGGGCAUGGUCUUGAGUGGCUGUGUGGAGAGUGUGGAGGACCACGGCUAUAUGGUUGACAUUGGCAUCAGUGGAAGCAAAGCCUUCCUGCCUAAGAAAGCAGUAAAAGACAAACACAACAUUCCUGAAGAGCUGAAGGUGGGUCAGUAUGUGACGUCUCAAGUGGAAGAGGUGAAGAAUGAUGGGCGGGUGGUCCGCCUCUCUGUCAACCCCUCGGCCCUUGCCCAGGCCUAUGCCGAAUCGCAGCAGGGCUGGAACCUCACCAACCUGCUGCCGGGGCUUCUGGUCAAAGCCAAGAUCAAAAAGGUGACCAAACACGGUCUGAUCCUGGACUUCCUGUCCUCCUUCAGCGGCCAGGUGGACUUCCUCCACAUGGAGCCCGAGCAGGCUUCCAGCUACACCGAGGGAGACGAAGUGCGGGCCUGUGUGCUGUAUGUGGACCCGUCCACCCGUCUGGUGGGCUUGUCCCUGCGCAGCUACCUCAUUCAGCCCGGGACGAGGGUCGACACCGUCCCUGCUGGUGGUGACCGCAUCGGCGAGGUGGUCCAGGGCUGCAAGGUGACAACUAUGCACCACAUGUCCGGAGCCAUGCUGCAGCUGCCCGACAACUCGAUGGCCUUCAUACAUAGGAACCACCUAAAGGAGCCUAAUACGCCGUCCAAUGAUAACCAAGUGCUGGCCAAGCCCGAGCACACCUGCAGGGUCCUUGACUUUAGCCCCAUGGACCAGAUCCAUUUUGUCAGCCUUCGCAUGAGUAUGAUUGAGAAACUCUUCUAUAGAUAUCAUGAUCUACAUGCUGGCCAGAUUGUGGAGGGCACAGUGUCAGUCCUGCUGGAUCACGGCAUGAUGGUGCAUCUGUCUGACCACAUUAAAGGCCUGGUGCCCAGGACCCACCUGUCCGACAUCAUCCUCAAGAACCCAGAGAAGAAGUACACAGAGGGCAUGAAGGUCAAAUGUCGGGUGCUGUCGGUCGAUGUGGAGAGGAAGAGGCUAGCCCUGACCAGGAAGAAGGCCCUGGUGGAAUCCACCCUGCCCUUGUUCCUCAGCUAUGCCGAUGCACGGCGUGGGCGCGUGUCCCACGGCUACAUCGUCAGCAUCAGGGAAUUUGGCUGCUUUGUUCGUUUCUACAACGACGUCAGGGGCCUCGUACCUGUCAGCGAGCUCAGCUCCGAGCCCAUCAUCAACCCCAAGGAAGUCUUCUAUGUCGGGCAGGUGGUAAAGGCUAAAGUUCUCCAGUGUGACCCAGAGAAGGAGAAGAUGACACUGUCUUUGAGGGCUGCAGUGGAGGGAGACCCUGAGGCACCACCCAAACCCCAGUUUGACUGCGUGGUGGGCCAGAAGCUGGAAGUCAAGGUGGUGAAGAAGGCAGUCAGCAUUCUGGAGGUGGCCAUCCUGCCCGCCGACGCCCGCGCCGUACUACCCACCAUGCACCUCUCCGACCACAUGUCCAACUGCCCUCUGCUGUGGGAGAGCCUGCAGGAGGGAGACACCAUCUCCAACCUCGUGUGCAUCAGCAAGAACAAACAGAUCAUCACUCUGACCAAGAAGCCCACGGUGAAAUGGUCGCUGGAGGAAGGAGUGGUUGCUAAGGACUUCUCUGACAUCACAGUUGGCAUGCAGCUGAUUGGCUGGAUCAAGAACAUGAUGUCCUACGGUGUCUUCGUAGAGUUUCCUUACGGCCUUGUUGGUCUCGCACCCAAAUCGGCCAUGACUGACAAGUUCCUCAGCGAUGCCACGACUGCGUUCCAGCUGGGCCAGACAGUGAUCGCUAAGGUCACCAACCUGGACGAGGAGAAGCAGCGUUUUCUCGUCACACUGAAAGUGUCGGAGGUCAUGAACCCAGAGGGCGACGCCGAGACCAGACUCAUCAGAGGGCUGCAGGAGAGGAGAGCUGUGGCUGAAAUGUUGACUAGUAGAGAUGGCUCUGAUCUUCGGCAGCAGUUAGCCACACUGUCUGUCGGCCAGAAGCUGAAGCUGACCAUGGAUCAGAUGAAGGACAGCAGUGCCAUCUUCAGGUCUGAUGACCUCGACGGAGCCACCAUACUGGCCACCGAGCACCACGUCACGGGUGUCACCUUGACCCCAGGACAGAAAGUGAGCGCAGUCAUCCUCCAUGUUGACAUCAUGGCCUCUCAAGUCCACGUGUCCGUGCUCUCCAAGCUCAUGGGGAAGAAGAAAUCCUUAAACGAAGAGUCCAAGUACACAGCGAUGGUGCAGCACGUCGACAGAGAAUUUGCCGUCGUCUCCCUGGAGGAAACGGCACAGCUGACUGUGAUCCAAACCACCCGCCACCUCAACGACACGUGCAUCUUCGAGUCAGACAAGCUGAAGCCAGGAGUGCGUCUGAGCGUCACGGUGCUGCGUCCCAGCUGUCAGGAGAUGGAAGGGCUCCCCCUGGUGUCGUGGGAGCGCGCCGCACCGAGACGCCAGCACACGCUCUCGGAAAGUCACGCAGCGUCCAAGGGUCGCCGUUUUGGUGAAAUCGUCACGGGUAAGGUGCGGACGGUGAAGCCCACGUGUGUGCUGGUGGCGCUCGAGGACGGAAUCACAGGCAGCGUGCACGUGUCCGAGGUGGCAGAGAACGUGCGCCUGGGCUCCUUCCCUACGUCUCUGGUGAAAGUGGGCAGCGUGGUCACUGCCAGGGUCAUUGGAGGACAAGAGUACACCAGUCACAGAUUCUUGCCCUUUUCCCAUCCCAAUUUCAAAUACACAAUCCCUGAGCUAUCACUUCUACCCAGCAAGCUGGACAAGAGUGUGGAAUUCAAACCAGACACGGAGAAAGAAAAAUUGAAAAGCUACAAGGUUGGGGAAGAAAUCACAUGCUUUGUAUCAAAGUAUAAUCCAAACAGGAAGUCUUUGGAGGUCACCACUGAUCCUUGUAUAUCAGGGACUGUUGACCUUCUGGCCAUGAUCACUGAUCCUAAAGAUGCCAGCCACCCUGAGAAGCUGUACAAGCUGGGCCAGGUGGUCAGUGCGAAAGUGGUCGAGGUGAACCUCAAUCCUCAGCGCUUUGUUGUAUCUCUCAACGGCAUCCACAAGCUGGAAAAGGGCGGUGUUACUUUGGGGAUGGUGACUAAUGUUCAGCCACACGUUGGCCUGGUGAUGAAACUUCCCUUUGGGGCCACGGGAACUGUUGCUAUCACGGAUCUGGCUGAUGCCUAUCGGCCAAACCCCCUGGGGGCGUACAGCAAGGACCAGCUGGUCAGGUGUUACCUUCUGGAGAGUGAAAACAACAUGUGGAAAUUGUCUCUUCGGCCAUCGAGGCUGAACCCAGAGAAGGCCAAGCCAGCGAAGGACCCAGAGGUGUUGUCCGUAACGGAGCUGAAGGCAGGCCAGAUCAUCAGAGGCUACAUCAAGUCUGUGGGAGAGCAUGGUGUUUUUAUCAGCUUGUCUAAGAACAUCACAGGGAGAGCCCAGCUCCAGCAGGCCACCAAGUAUUUUGUGUCCAGCUACACUGUCCUCGCUCAGCACCUGCCUGCUGGCACCCUGCUCACCACCAAGAUCCUCCGUAUUGACCAGGAAGAGAAGCUGGUUGACCUCUCCCUGCUCUCUGAGGCCACUGGGAAGCCCGAUGUGCUCCCAGAAUCCCUUGGUCUGAAGUUGCGACUGAUUGGAAAGGAGAAGGAGAAACACGACCGUAAGAAGAAGAAGAAACGCAAGCUGUCCAAGCAGGAAGAGGCAGACGAAGUCCCAAAGAAGAAAAAGAAAACCAAGAAGGCAAAGACUGAGGACAGUGACAGCGGGGUGGAGGUGUUCUUCAGGGAAGAGGCGGAUGACGAAGACAAAGAAGAUCCCAAAGCUAAGCCUGCAAAAAAGGCAAAGCCCAGCGCUGCAGCUCCAUCCAGGCUGCAGGUGUCCGCAGGUUUCUCCUGGGACGCUGGACUGAGCUCCCUGAAGCCGGCAGCUGCAGCCCAGGAGGCCGAGUCCAGUGACGGGGAAGACCAGGAGGACAGCAGCAAGAGCCAAAAGAAGUCUCGCCAUGAGCUGGAACUGGAGAAGAAGGCGGAGGAGAAAGCCCUGGUUCAGCGGGAGGCUGAGCUGAUGGACCCGAACCUGCGGCCCCAGGACAGCGCCGCCUUCGAGCGCCUGCUGCUGGCCUCGCCCAACAGCUCGCUGCUUUGGCUGCAGUACAUGGCCCACCACCUGCAGGCCACCCAGAUCGAGCAGGCGCGCGCCGUGGCUGAGAGGGCCCUCAAAACCAUCUCCUUCAGGGAGGAACAGGAGAAGCUGAACGUGUGGGUGGCCCUGCUGAACCUGGAGAACAUGUACGGCACGGAGGAGAGCCUGAAGAAGGUGUUUGAGCGGGCGCUGCAGUUCUGUGAGCCCAUGCCAGUCUACCAGCAGCUGGCAGACAUGUACGCCAAGUCCAACAAGACCAAGGAAGCAGAGGGCCUGUACAAGACGAUGGUGAAACGCUUCCGCCAAAAUAAGGCGGUGUGGCUGAGUUAUGGGACCUUCCUGCUCCAGCAAGGCCAGAGCGAUGCUGCCAGCGCUCUCCUGCAGAGGGCGCUCAAGAGCCUGCCCUCCAAAGAGAGUGUGGAUGUGAUCGCCAAGUUCGCUCAGCUGGAGUUCCGUUACGGCGAUGCAGAGAAAGGCCGCUCCAUGUUCGACAAAGUCCUGACGAGCUACCCAAAGCGCACAGACCUGUGGUCCGUCUUCAUCGACCUCAUGGUCAAACAUGGAUCACAGAAGGAAAUCAGGGCUUUGUUUGACCGCGUGAUCCACCUGAGCGUGGCAGCAAAGAAGAUCAAGUUCUUCUUCAAACGUUACCUGGAGUAUGAGAAGAGGCACGGCACACCGGAAAGCAUCCAGGCGGUCAAGGACAAGGCUUUGGAGUUUGUGGAAGCUAAGGGGACUGAAGCAGCCUGCUAGAGACCAACAUGUGUGUGUGUGUGAGUGAGUGUGUGUGUAGCUGGUUAUCCGCGGAUGCACCUAGCAGAUCUGCUGUAAAACUAUCAGCUGCUUUGUUGUGAAUUAGCUGACGUUAUCAUUGUUAACCUUCUGACCCUGAACCUGGCUGCUGUAAUAUAAUAUUGUAACAGCAAACGUGUGUAAGGCCAUUUAAAGUUGGUUGUAACCCUUUUGUAACGUUAAAACAAUCAAAGAUAUGUGACAUUUCCUCAGUUUAGAUUUUAAUGCAUUUUUUAUGAGAAUAAAAACUGUAAGCUCUGAACAGAAUAAUGCAUGUUGUCACCAUUAGUUUCUAUUUUUUUGUAUGGCUGGGUAAAGGCUCCUUACAACACUGUGUGAGCAUAUUGUAUGUACCAUUUGGUUGUAUUAAAAUGGUAGCCAUA